AUGAGGCAGCACAAACUAAAGAUGAACCCAAAGAAAUGUGUUUUUGGAGUUCAAGCAGGAAAUUUCCUAGGAUUCUUGGUCCACCAGAGGGGCAUAGAAAUCAACAAGAACAAAGCAAAGUCCAUCAUAGAAGCUCUACCGCCUAGGAACAAGAAAGAGUUGCAGAGUCUCUUAGGAAAAAUUAAUUUUCUAAGGAGAUUCAAAUCCAAUUCUGCAGGGAAGAUCCAGCCUUUCUCCUCUUUGUUAAAAUUGAAAAAGGAACAGACCUUCAAGUGGGAAGAAUAG